AUGGCUGGGAUAGUGCAGAGGAUGAGGGAGAUGAACAUUGCUUUGCAUGUAGCAGUGACGAAGAAAUCUCUCACUGCCGCCGUUUUUAGCAUUUUGUUUACUAUUUCAACGCUACUCAACACACUGGGAAGUGAAGAAAGCAUUUACCAAAAGGUUUCAUUUGAGGACUUCCCACUAUUCUCUUGGUAUGUGAGGACAAGAGAACAAAUAAAUGAAAGGGCUUAUUUUAUGAGUCGGUGCAUGAAUGUUGGCAAUAAAGAAGCAUUGUACAAAGUUGGGAUGAUGGAUUUUUUUAAAAAUAAUUGCCCGGAGCUUGCAUUGCAAAGGCUUUGGGAUGCUAAAAAAAGAGGACACAAUGGCGCAACAUAUGUGCUUGCCAUUAUUUUCAUUUUCGCUGGAGGCAACGACAGUAGUGACGCGGUCAAGUUCAUUGGCCAAAUGAAGGAAAAUCUCCCUCAAAGAAGGGAAAGUAAAGAAUGGAGGGAGAGUCUAAUCAAUAUUAUAGAUAAUGUUUGGGUUAGUAAUUCCAUUUUUUUUAUGCAACGACCAGACCUUUGUUGCACUAGUGAACGCGAAAGUCCUGUUCGGGUGAAUGGAUGGCCUGUUGACAGUGACGAGGAACUGGAUGAUCAACCUUGUUAUGAAUAUGCUUGUGAUGUUGAGGUUGAUCAUGUAUUUGAUAUUUUGUCAAAGUUUGGAUUGUAA